AUGUUAAGAUACGUUAAUGGUGAUAAGCAGUACCAAUCACAUGAUCUUACCGUGGACGUGGGACCUGGGCACGUUUACAGCAAGACUGGUCAGCUGAGAUUUCGGGCGUGGACAAACAAGGGCAAGAUAAUCAGGUUAAAGAGCUUUGUCACUAAUAUAAAACAAUACUUUAAAUUCAAUACCAUGCAGUGCAAUAAAAUGUAAUGUAUUAAGUACGAUACACUGGAAAUCUGUGCAAUAAAGUAUCAUGCACAAUCGUUUAUUUACAGCCCACGUGCUACCAUAAUUAUAACAUAGGCACGUUUAACGUGCUUGAGCUAUUUUGAAUGCUUCAGUGUAAUGGUAUCAAAAAUCUACUGUUUUAAGACUACGACUAUGUUUUGAGCGAAAUUUUAAUCACGUAAAAAUAGAGGCAAGAUAAAAGUGCUGAGCUUAAACGAGAAGUUGAGCGAGGUUCAACUUUUACGCUUUCGAGCGACCUUUCAUGCAUUGCUUCUGUUUUAUUGCGAACGUAAAUUUUACGCACGUAUGCACGUUAAAAUUAUGUGACACUGGAAAUCAACCCUAAGGCACGAAGCGCCGGCGUUGUUUCCUAACUCACAAGCUCCAGACCUUUCGUUUGUCCGUUUGCGCGUUCUUGACCUGCGCAAAAAUACGCCUGUUCUGCAAUCUAGCCAAUCAGAGUACAGCGUAAGCUCUUACUUAAUACUUUAAUUUUAUUUCUAAUUUUUGUCCCAAGUUGAAAUAAAUUGGGUAUUGCUGUACAUUAAAGAAAACGCGAACCGCUGCGCACAGCAGAGUCGAUCCUCAUACUACAGAUUCACUUUUCUUUGUCUUUCAUUGCAAUAAACAAGUUGUUAAAGUCCUAUGAAUAUCAACUCACCAAACGUUGCUUAGAGAGAAGACUCGAAGGUUUCAAGGUUUCUUCAUCGUUUCUUUAGACAAUGAAGUUCGUCGAAUACCGAAUAGCUAAGAAAUGGGUGUUGGAAUCUGGAAUACAGCUCAAGGAGGCCGGAAUCCCAUUUACAAUUGGAAUCCAGAAUCAAAUUUCACUCACAAAGUCCGGAAUCCAGUACCAGGAAUCCGGAAUCGACAGCUUGGAAUCCAAAAUCCAAGACUGUCCUGGAUUCUCUUACAUGGGGCAAAAAAUUAAUCACAUGCACAUGGGUUUUUCUCAUUCUUUGUUGAAUUGUUAGUUGGCGAUGCCAUCGAUAAAAACCUGAAUAAUGUAACUUCAGUCAAUAAGCACUAAGACUGCAAACUGAUGGUUAGAACUGCUUGUGUCUAAACGAAUACUGCUCUUAUUUCUCUUUUUUCCAAUUACAGACCACAUUCAUAUACCUCCAUUCUUUUGACUCCAUCUUAUCGAGUUACCGAGCGAGAAACAGUUCAAGGAGUCGCCAAAGCGGCUGUAAGAGAUUUUGCAAGGCUUUUCCAGGAAGGCGUCUGUAAGGAGGGUCAAAUACUUCUUUUGAUGGCGGACGGAACACACAAAAAUAAUUCCAGCACAAGUAUGACAGGGCCUUGGUUUCUUGAUUACGAGCAUGAGGAAGAAAUCGCGGUACUACUGAAAAGGUAUGGCCAAAGCCUAGAGCGGAAAGGCACUCUUAUUUUAUCUUGGUAGGGACGUGCCACCGGAGGCGACGAAGACAUCGAUGUGUUUGAUGUCAAACGCCUGUUUUACUUUCCCUCUUCAUCCAGCUAGAACUUAAAGAGCAAGUAUUUCCCAGAAUUUUAUGUGCUAAACUAGCAGUAAUCAGGAAUUAGUAAAUGCGUUCGAAUGUUUUGUCUUUACAAUUGCGGCUGCAGACUAUGUCACCAAGGGGGAGAUGUUUGUAUGAUUCAGUGAACUUUGGGGGCGAAUUUAAUCAGGGAGGUACAUUUGACAGAGCCAAGUUUUUUUCUCAUCAUAUACCGAAGUAUCGUGCACUAACCUUUGUAUUAGGGCUUUGGGCUAUGUCGCCUGACGCGAUAUCAUGCCAUCCCAGGAAGUUAUGACAUAAACUUCUCACUUUCUCCCCUCGUCCUGUUAUUACUUGGACAACUGGUGUAUUGGAAUAAAUAACUGCUAGCAACAUCGAUGUGGAGCAACUGAGGCAUCUUUUUCGGUAUCCUGAAAGCGUUAGACUUAAGCAAGUGUCCACACCACCUCUGACAGUACAGUCUGCAUAUCACAGCGAUGCAAAGAGCAGACGCAUGAACAAAAAACUAGAUUUGUACCAAAUUUGCUCAGGCAAAUAUGAUGCAAAAAAAUCCUAACAAGAGGUUUAUCAGGGGCAAAGAUGAUAAGUGCAGUUUCGUGCCUUUGUAAAUAUUAUGCAAAUGUGGAAUUUACCACCUUUGGCCCUGAUUUCCUCCUGGUUUGCAAUUUUCUUUAUUGUAUUUGCCCUCAACAAACUUGGUGUAAAUCUGUUUUUUCGUGUUUGGGAGAUUCUCUAGCAAAAAAGACGGAUGUACAUUGCUUUAUAAAAACACCCAACCGCAGGUGAGUUGAAAAUUUACGAUCGAGUUUAAAGCUACAGAAGGGAGUGUGCUUUUUCUAACAAAGUGACUCAUACUGCUGACUCAUAGCUAGAAAACUGGACGUCGCAGUCUCAUUCAAAGUUGAGCUGGCCGAACAAACAAGGGAUACUUUAGACAGCCAUGGCAAAAAGGUUAGCCUAGAAUUCAAUUAUAUUUCUUAAAGUGACGAGAUUUGCAUCAUCAUUUUUAAUGGAAUUUCUGCUUAAAUGGCGGGGUGUUGACCCAAGAAUCUCGCUUUUUGCGGGGUUAUAUUAAGAGCUAUAUUUACUGUUGAACCAAUUAAAAAGGGGACGAACCUCCCUGUAAGCCAGUUAGUUUCGAACAGCCAAAUUGUGAUCAUUGUACUACAAGACGAGCAAGAUGACGAGAUAGUGUGGGACGAGCUGUUUGAAAUGGCCAAGGAAAUGGCGGUGGAGAGCAAAUCAACAGCAUCGAGUCAAUGUUCCUGCCAACACACCCAAACAGUAACUGCGAAAAGCAUUCUACUUACUUCUAGUAGAUCACUUGAUACAAGAGCCCAACUGAAAGGCUGCUGAAACAGAGUUUUCGAUUCCCAGGGUAAUAUCUCAUCCCCACAAAGCUCGACUUACUCAGUCCAGAUACAACGGGCAGGAUCUUUUGCAACUACGCCAGAAACUUGACCUGAGUGGGUCAUUUUUGAUGGCGAGGUUGUGAGGUGGAAGUCAAAGUGGCAGCAGCUUGCUUCACAAAACCAUCAACUCUGCAAGAUACCUUGUGCCUCACGACUAAGGAGCUGUAUCCGCAUCGCAACUGCUAUUCUAACAAUCAUUUGGACGAUGCCAGUCUCGAUAGCCACUCUAGAACGAUCAUUUAGUUGUAUGCGAACGGUCAAGACGUAGUUGCGCUCUACUAUGUGAGCAGAGAGGCUCUUUGGGAUCGCGCUUCUUCUUACUUACAGGGAUACAAGCACCGACGAGCAUCGACACAGACAAGGUGGUCCAGGAGUUCUGCGCCAGGAAAUCCCGCAGACUGGCAUUUGAAUUCUGAAAACAUGCACACAAACGUUCCUUCAGCCUUAAAUUUGAGAAUGCCACUCAAACACAGCUUUUUCUUUGCGUUAAAGAUAUUUUAUAGAAGGAAGGAAAUACAACAUUUACGUGAACUGAUUGCGACUUAAUGAAAGGUCCAACAAACUAGUUACUUAACGGCCUGUAAAACCGGGGCCUUGUACCGAUGUAAAUUCGUAAGCGUAUAUCAGCAACAUUUUGGUGGCGGGCUUAAAGCUAGAAAUUGCCCUAGGACGCCCUGAAAACCUUGCAAACUUUGACAAGUUACAAAAAACCUCUUAUUUAGUUGAAAGCUGACCUUUUCCCAAGAUUUACGUUUUCUUUCAAUAUUUUGCUACUCCGCUUGUAGAUGUAAGAUGGCCUUUGCAACUUUGGUUACGGAAGACAGCGACAUUUUUACUACGUGUCCUGGAAAGACAGACGUCCGAGGGAAAGGAUCGCAGUUUGAGGCAGCUUUUAAUUUUAUUCGCCAUUAUGCUAUUCCGGACGACGGCAAAGACAAGACUCACGUUGUUUGCAUUGAUUCUGAUUUGAAAGGUUAGGUAAAUUAACAAAACGUGAAGACUAACAAGAAAAACGAUGAAGCUUUGCGUCACUCGAAAAGACCAUUACAUCGGGGGGAGGGAGGCGGGGGCAAUGAGUACUGGGGCUGAGCAAAUUCAUGAAUAUCCUUGGGUACCAGAGGUUUUUGCUCGCGUGCGGCGAUCAAGUGCGGCGGAAAUGUUUCGAAGUCGGUCGACACUUCUUAGCCAUGAGCGGCGAAGCGAUUUAACGUCAAGUUGAUUGUGCACCGUCAAGUUCACAAAAACAACGGAGCUUUUCGCGCGGGUCACGAUGAAGACUUGACAGAAACUGGAAACCGAGCAUGAAAGUCCUCUGGAACCCAGGGUAUUUAUGACAAGAAGUUCAAAUUCAACAAAACAAGUUUGAGAAUCCUCGCUGCCAGGAGGCAAACCAGUUGACCAUUUACAUGUGAAGCCAAGGAGUUGGACUCUCGGACUACAAAAUAGAGCUUCAGCUAGCGGAUAGCACUAAACUCCGUCGUCAGUUCUGUUAUCAUUCUGUUCUGUCUGCUCGGCAACGAUGCUUAACUUCCUGCUUCCAUUUUCAACGAUAUUUUAAGCAUCUUUUAUAUCCUCAGUUUUUGUUUUAGGUUCCCUAGCCACUGAAGCCCCAUUUUUUUGUAUUUUCCCAGGUACAGAUGGUUUUGUUUAUCGUAUGUUUCUUGGAUUGAACAAGGGCUAUUCUUACCUCGCUCCAUUUUACUGGCGACAUAAGUACGAAGGCAGGGUCACCAAUCAUCUCAUGUUUCCUCUUUAUUCAUCCAUAACCCGUUCUGCCCUCCGCCAACCAAUUGGCGGAGAAUUUGCAUUCAAUGGAACCAUGCUCAUUCGCUUCACCAACCCUGAGAGUUGGACCAAAAGUUGGAGAGAUUUUGGUAUCGACGCAGCGAUGAGUGUAAUUGCAGCAACAAGUGGAGAUUUCAUAGAGCAGCUCCAUCUUCCAAGGAAGAUCAACUACGUUGGAGACGACGCCAGGAGGCGAAUCGGUGAUAUAUUUGUCCAGGAAGGAAGAAGUCUCUUCAAUGGCUUGAUAGACAUGUUGGACUCAACACCCUUCUGGGCAGAAAGCGAAGUAACAAUGGCGCCAGUUGUUGAGACAGAAGCC